UUAAGGCCACAAAAAGUUGUAGGUACCUAGCUCCUGGCGACACAACUUCACGGUUGCUACAUCUCUUGCUCGGUCUACCUGACGUUCUUCGGCCUCCAUUCAUUCUUCCAACACAAUCACAGCAUAUUCGCAGAGACGCCUACUGCUACAUCUAUCGUAUAAUCUUGUUGUUAUAUUACAAUGGCGGAAUCCACGUUGUGUAAGAAGAAACUAGAAGGCAAAGUGGCCAUAGUCACAGGCGGUGCUAGUGGCAUCGGGGAGGCGACCGCACAUGUUUUUGCCAAGCAUGGUGCACGUAUGGUGGUGAUUGCUGAUCUCCAAAAAGAACUAGGCCAGCAGGUGGCCAAAUCUAUUGGCUUGAACCAUUCCACAUACAUCCAUUGUGAUGUUACUGAUGAAGAGCAGGUCAAAGCCAUGGUAGAAUGGACGGUCAAGAACUAUGGGCAGCUUGACAUCAUGUUUAGUAAUGCAGGGAUCUUUGGUAGGUCGGAUCAGACCGUACUUGACCUGGACUUGUCGGCCCUUGACCAUCUAUUUGCGAUCAAUGUGCGCGGCAUGGCAGCAUGUGUAAAGCAUUCAGCACGUGCUAUGGUUGAAAGGGGUGAGAGGGGGACCAUCGUGUGCACCGCAAGUAUAGCAGCAAGCCGAGGUGCAACCCAAAAAACCGAUUACUAUAUGUCAAAGCAUGCUGUGCUUGGGCUUGUUCGUUGCGCAAGCAGGCAGCUAGGGGAGCAUGGCAUUAGGGUGAACUGUGUAUCACCCGGUGCAGUUGCAACCCCAAUGACAUGCAGUGCAUUUGGAAUGGAUGCAGAGCAGUUGGAGAAGGCAUUUGAGCCGCAUUCAAGCUUAAAAGGAGUUGCACUGAAACAGGGACAUGUGGCGGAUGCUGUACUCUUUCUUGCGUCUGAUGAUUCUGGAUUUGUCAAUGGGCAUGACCUAUUGGUUGAUGGGGGCUGGCUUGACUAGCGAAAUCAAGACGAGCAUCAAGGAUUCAACCUUCAAGAUUCCAAGACAUGCACUAAUACUACCGUCUGGAGAUUAAAUACUUUAAUAAUACUUGUACGAGAAAAAUAAAGCUAGAGAGGGUGUAUCUAAUAUAUAUCGAACUUGGUUUUCUACAUUAAAGCUUGUGUUUGUUGAGCAAAUAAAGCUACCAAGCCUACCAUGUGAUGAGUUGCAUACGAGAAUAUGUAUCGAUCGUCCAAUAGAAUAUAAUGUCUCAUGGUUUGAUUUCAGAUUUGCAAAUAGAAUUUCACUACUACAUUAACGUA